AUGUUCCAUAUUCUUGCCGUCAUACAUAAUUGUUUCGCCCAAACAGAGAACCUCGUGUUUCCGAAACUCGCCUCCUUCUUCAAUUGUGAAUGAACUUGCGCUCCAGUAACCUGAUGCGGCAUCACACACCCACUUUCGAAAUACAGCCUUCGGCGACAACCGAUGCCCAGCGCCGCUGCUUCCCAUUAUCGGCCGCCACACUAUAGAACUACCGCGCGCCACCGUUUGCAACAACACCUUCAAACAUAGCGCUACCUCUUGGCUCGAGAUCACUGCGCACAGCACAGCUGAUUCUGCAGCACAUGAACCACCGCGUCUUUGCUGAACACCAAAACACCAACGGCACACCAACUUCCCGGUUCUCCGGGUUCACCCAAGUCUCGGAUCAUAAUUUCUUUUGGAAAGCAAUUUUAAUUUAGCUCCUAUGCUAAACUUCCACCAUUAAUAGCCGAAGAGAGCAUGACUCUCUGUCGUCCCUUUUUAAGGACGCUCAGAAAGUCUCAGACAAAGCAGACACUGAAUACUCUCAAACUCUACCAUUUCACAUACUACACGAGUCCUCCAUGUCAAUCAGGUGCCAUUGCCGUUGACCCUAAAGGUCCAUGUGCACCUCGUGGCAGAUGCAACGUUGAUCAUGCAUACCCCGUGUUCGGCAAAAGUACCCAGAAAGACCUUUCGAUAUGUAAUCACUUUCUUUUCGAAUACUCACGCACUGGCCGUAACCAAGAGGCUCUGAAUCUUUUUGUGGAACUCCACUUUUCGAGUUUACCUGUUGAUGCGUCAACCCUGUCGUGUGUGUUGAAGGUCUGUGGAUGCUUGUUUGAUCAAAAUGUGGGCAUGCAGGUGCAUGGUAAAUGUAUAAAAUCCGGGUUUGUUGAGGAUGUCAGUGUUGGGACUGCUCUUGUUGACAUGUACAUGAAAACAGAGGGUGUAGGACGUGGGAGGAGGGUUUUUGAUGAGAUGGGUGAGCGAAAUGUGGUGUCAUGGACUUCGUUGCUUUCUGGUUACGUACGGAAUGGGUUGAACGUGCAGGCCAUAGAAUUGUUCUUUAGGAUGCAAGUUGAAGGAAUUAAGCCUAACCAGUUUACUUCUGCGACUGUUCUUGGAGCUUUGGCAGAUGAUGGUAUGCUCGAGAAGGGAAUUCAAGUUCAUUCUAUGGUUAUAAAAAAUGGUUUUGAUUCUACCACAUUUGUGUGCAAUGCUUUGAUUAAUAUGUAUUCAAAGUCAGGGAUGGUUAAAGAUGCUAGAGCUGUGUUCGAUGGCAUGGAGACCAGGGAUGAGGUUUCUUGGAACGGUAUGGUUGCAGGUUAUUUAACAAAUGGGAUCUAUGUGGAAGCUCUUGAAAUGUUUUAUAAAAUGAGGCUUGCGGGCCUAAAGCUUACCCAGACGAUAUUUGCUACCAUGAUUAGGCUAUGUGCUAAUCUUAAAGAAUUGGGUUUUGCAAGACAGCUUCACUGUUGUGUUUUGAAAACAGGAUAUGGAUUUUAUGACAAUAUCAAAACGGCACUUAUGGUCACUUACAGUAAGUGCAGUGUUAUGGAUGAUGCGUUUCAACUGUUUUCUAGGAUGCAUGGUGUCCAGAAUGUGGUGUCAUGGACGGCCAUGAUCAGUGGGUACUUGCAGAAUGGUGGACGAAGGGAAGCAGUUAAUUUAUUUUGCAAAAUGGCCAGGGAAGGUGUUAGACCAAACCAUUUCACUUAUUCUACCAUCCUUACAGCUCAACCAGCUAUUUUUAUCUUCCAAGUACAUGCACAAGUCGUUAAAACUAAUUAUGAGAAAUCAGCUUCUGUAGGAACUGCACUCUUAGAUGCUUACAUUAAGAUAGACUAUGUUGAUGAAGCUGGAAAAGUAUUUGAAUUAAUUGAUGAAAAGGACAUUGUGACAUGGUCAGCAAUGGUAGCAGGAUAUGCUCAAAGGGGAGACACAGAGGGAGCUGUUAAAAUUUUUCUCCAGUUGGCAAAAGAGGGGGUAGGACCAAAUGAGUUUACCUUUUGCAGUGUCAUUAAUGCCUGUGCUGCACCUGCAGCAGCAGUAGAGCAGGGGAAACAAUUUCAUGCGUGCUCAAUCAAAUCAGGACUACAUAAUGCUUUAUGUGUAAGUAGUGCCCUUGUUACCAUGUAUGCCAAGAGAGGAAAUAUUGAGAGUGCAAAUGAAGUUUUCAACAGGCAAGACGAAAGAGACUUGGUUUCAUGGAACUCGAUGAUCUCUGGAUAUGCACAACAUGGUCAUGGGAAGAAGGCUCUUGAGGUGUUUGAGGAAAUGAGAAGAAGGAACAUAGAAAUGGACGAGAUAACAUUCAUUGGAGUGAUUUCUGCAUGUACUCAUACUGGUUUAGUGGUUGAAGGUCAAAGAUACUUUGACAUGAUGGUUAAAGAACACCACAUUGAUCCAACAAUAGAGCAUUAUUCAUGUAUGGUUGAUCUGUAUAGCCGUGCCGGACUGCUUGUAAAGGCCAUGGAUAUCAUAAAUCAGAUGCCAUUCCCUGCGGGUGCAACUGUGUGGCGAACUCUCUUGGCUGCUUGCCAUGUUCACCGCAAUUCAAAGCUGGGAAAACUUGCAGCAGAAAAGCUCAUUUCACUUCAGCCACAAGAUUCAGCUGCUUACGUCUUACUAUCCAAUAUUUAUGCUGCGACAGGAAAUUGGAAAGAAAAAGCUAUGGUAAGGAAGUUGAUGGAUGAGAGAAAUGUAAGAAAGGAAGCUGGUUACAGCUGGAUUGAGGUAAAAAAUAAGACCUACUCAUUCUUGGCUGGUGAUCUUUCACAUCCCUUGGCAGAUCGUAUUUAUUCCAAACUUGAGGAGUUAAAAAUCCGGUUGAGGGAUGCUGGAUAUCAGCCUGAUACAAAUUACGUGCUUCAUGACGUUGAAGAGGAACACAAAGAAACAAUCCUUUCUCAACACAGUGAGAGGCUGGCCAUUGCUUUUGGAUUGAUCACUACAACUCCUGGAACCCCGAUCCAGAUUGUAAAGAACCUUAGGGUCUGUGGAGACUGUCAUACUGUUAUUAAGCUAUUAUCAAAGCUUGAAGCUAGAGAUAUUGUUGUGAGGGACUCGAACCGAUUCCACCACUUUAAAGGUGGUUUAUGCACAUGCGGGGACUAUUGGUGACACUGCAUUUGGAAAAUGGGUCUUAUAUGAGGUUUUCUGAUGGCUUCUCAUGUGAAGAAUAUUCUUCUCGGGCAAAGGAACUAUACAACUUUUACACUUUCCAAGUAUUCUGUUCUGGAAAUCACAUUGCAAAGAAUAGCUCACAUUGGCUGUUGCCUUGGGCAGAUUUCUGAAGUAAUUGUGAAAGUGAUGGUCGUUCACAUUGAAGAAAGAAGGAAGGAACAAGUACUAAUUUUUAAAAAUUUGUAAAGGUUAAGUACAUGAGUGGAUAUCAGAGGGAGUUUGUGCCAUUUUGGAAAAGAGUUUGAUAUCUUCACUCAUGCUAAUUGUUUUGCCCCAUGAAGUCUGAAAGUAAUUUUCCCCAUUAUGCUCACAACAUGCUGGCUUAAGAGGCAUGUGAAAAUAAUCUUCACGUACGUGGGAAUUGUUUUCUUUGUUUUUGACUGAGUGUCAUUUGGUCAAUCUGACCAUGCCCAUAAGGGCUAGUCCUCAUCUUUAACCCUUAAAACCGAGAUGUUCUCACAUGAAACCAUGCCUGUAAGAACUUAAAUUUUCUUUUGCAAAAUACACAAUGGAACCAUGUCUCUACACAUCCUUUAAUGCCAAGGAAUUGCUGAAAUAGAAUCUCGCAAUAAAGAGAGCAAAAUAUUUCUGUCAUAGAAUCUUGUUAUAUUUGACAUCAUGUAUUUUCAUGUUACUUCCUCUUGAAGACUUGUUUAGAAAACAAAUGAGAUAAUGAGUAACAUAUAAUCAUGUUUUAGAGCCCAAAACCUGACAAGCUUAUGGAGUUUACACUUGUUCCUACACAGAAACCACGUUCACACCAAUAGAACUCCUAACCCUAUUUAUACCAUUGGUCCAUGUUAAUGCCCCAAACACACAGCUCCCAUUUCUGUUCUUGUAGGGCAUGAAAUCAACUCUGAAAGACAAUUUCUCCCCCAUCUUUGUAAACUUCAGUUUAGCUGGCUGGACUCUAACUUCUACAUCAGUUGGGUAGUCAAUAGAUGCAGCAUAUGUCGUUGGAUUUUCACCAUAAUAAGUGACUGUUUGAUAAACAGGUAAAUUUCCAUUCAUGUUGGCAACACCAAUUGAAGGGUAAUUAAAAUUGUAGGAAGGUGUAGGAGGGUUCUUGCAUUGUACUAGUUCCCCUGUAAGGUUUUUCAACUGUGAAGGGGUUGCACCAUUGCUGCAGAGAAAAUUGAUGAUGUCAUGGGAAUUAAAAUCAUAUACAAGUCCAGGAUUGAAUGCUGCAGCUAGGUUGAUGUGUCCAGAUCGGUAGUCAAAGGGCGUGGUGGGAGAGCCAUUUGGAUCCCUUCCUAUGGCAUGUCGAGUGGGACCAUUGCUAUGAACCCAUAGAUAUUGGAUAAUCAGAGACUGGAGUAAAUUACAAUUUUUGAUAUUAUAAUGUUGGCACAAUUUACCUGUUGUCAUUAUUGCGGACAUUAUGGCUGCUGGACACCAGGAAGGUUGGUAAGAUUUUAACAUUGCUGCAACUGCAGAAACAUGCGGGGAAGACAUUGAGGUGCCGGAGAUUAUGUUAUAAUUGACAGAUCGUUCAGCUGUAGCUGUAGUAGCCACUGGAGACCAUGCUGCCAAAAUAUUCACUCCAGGUCCUGUGAUGUUUGGCUGCAAUAGGAAUUUCCACUUUUAGUAAGGAUCCAAGGUGCAACGUUGGUAGCAGUCCGUGGUAAACCUGAGUUUCCCGCGGAAGCGGAAACUAGAAUCCCUCUUUGGAAUGCAUGGAAAGUACCAAUAGAGAUCGCAUUUUCAAAGCAAAUAGGCUGGGGAGGAUCUGGGCCUAGGGAAAGAGAAAGGACAUCAACACCAUCACCAAUGGAAUCAUCCAGGGCAGAAAGAAUGUCAGCAUCGCUGCACAGGUGAAACCAACACGCCUUGUAGAUGGCAAGUCUGGCAUUUGGUGCACCACCUCUUGCAGUGCCGCUAGCCAUACUAAAUAAGCUGACAUUUGCUACCAUGGAUCCAACUAUUGUUGAGGCAGUGUCAAGUGUGUGAUCCAUGCCCAUCACCAUCUCGAGCUGACCGGAAGAAUGGGAGGUUAAAAGAUUCAAGAGGCCCAGACUCUGCUUCAAACCCUUGUGAAUAGAACCGGGCACCUAUAAUCUUCCUGAAAACUCAAGCCCGGAUGGUAAGCCUCACGGUGAGGUACUUACAUUCAAAAUAUUGGUUCAGUUAAAUACUAAACCUUUUGGUGUUUAAUAUUUCAGGAAAAAUUUUGUGUCAAUCAUGGGAGUGGAUUCUUUGAUGUUUUAGGUGUUUUGGUACCUGCUUUAUUGAAUUUCUGUUUUGCUUAUCAAAUAAAGUGUUUUGGUACCUGUUGCAGUUGGCCAAA